AUGGAUCAAAAUCUGUUCGGAGGGGCCCCCAGGUUCCUCACCCGGCCCAAAGCAUUCUCUGUGUGUGUCGGCAAGGAUGCAACGUUAAGCUGCACAAUUGUUGGCACCCCAUCCCCGCUUAUCACAUGGGAAAAAGAGAAGCUAAAGCUAUCAUCCGGUGGACGCUUCAAGACCGUGGAGGACGGGGAUGUGUACCGUCUGACCAUCUAUGACUUAGCGCUCGAAGACAGCGGUCAAUAUCUUUGCAGGGCAAAAAACAGCGUUGGGGAGGCUUACGCUGCCGUGACCCUCAAAGUGGCCCUUCCUACCGAGAUAACUCCCAGGGCCCCUGUUUUCAUGCUCAAGCCCACCUCUGCUCGCGUGGGUUUAGGUGGCGAUGCUGUAUUUCACUGCAGAGUGGUCGCUCACCCCGAGGCCAAUUUUGACUGGGAGAAGGAUGGCCGUUACCUGGGCGAAUCCAACCGCAUCAAGAUCUUUUCAGACAGCGACAGCAGCAGCCUAAAGAUUCAGAGUGUGCGCAACCUGGACAGUGGCUCGUACACUUGCAGGGCCCAGAACACCUUGGGAAGGGCACAUGCCACCGCCGCGCUUGUGGUGGACGCCCAGGAUGCCCACCUGCUUGCUUCAGAAAACCACACCUCCCUCCUCUCUCACCUCCAGAAGCGUAAAGAAGAAAUGAAGAAGGACAUAUCUGUCUUUCGCACAGAGGAAAGUGCUGUACCAGACAAAAUCACUGACAGUUUGAGCUCAUUGAGCCUGGAGCAUGAGGUGAGGUCGUCGAUGCUGGCGCAGCUGCCCAAGGGCGUGUUCACCCGUACCUGCACCGUGACGGAGGGCAAGCACGCCAAACUCAGCUGCUUUGUGACGGGUCACCCUAAACCCCACAUCAUUUGGAGGAAGGACGGAGUAAAUAUUGGCGAGGGCCGCCGUCAUGUCAUAUACGAAGAUCAUGCCGAGAACUUCAUCCUCAAAAUCCUGUACUGCAAGCAGACGGACAACGGUUUCUACACCUGCAAUGCCACCAAUAUGGCUGGUCAAACCUACAGUGCUGUGCUGGUAACAGUCAAGGAGCCAAAGGUGCCAUUCAGGAGAAAGCUUCAAGAUGUGGAAGUCCAAGAGAAAGCAUCGGCUACACUGAUGUGCGAGGUGCCGCUGACUGGUAGCAAGACUGACUGGUUUAUGGAGGAAACUCGUCUGGAGCAAAACACCAAGUAUCGCAUGGAGGAACAAGGCACCCUACGUCGCCUAACUAUACACAAUGUGACCACCAACGACGAUGGUGUUUACAUCUGCGAGAUGAAGGAGGGCAGCCGCACAGUCGGCGAGCUCACCGUCUUGGGCAACAUCACGAAGAAGCUUCCUCGGAGGACUGUAGUUCCCGUCAGUGACACAGUCAUCUUUUGUGUGGAGCUGGAAAAACCCUGUCCUGAUGCAUACUGGACUCGCAACGGCGAAAAACUAAAGGCGGAUUCCCGAAUUUCAAUGGCUUGCCUUGUCCGACAGUACAUGCUCACCAUUCGAGAGUGUCAGGCAGAUGACUCGGGAGAAGUGGCCUUUGUGGCUGGAGACUGCAAGACAUCCACUCGGUUCUCCGUCACUGCGGCAAGGAAGCAUCCUCCUGAUCCCCCAGUUGAUGCUUUGGUGCAGAACAAGACUGACUCAUCCAUCACACUUCAGUGGUCUCCUCCCGAUAGUGACCGACCCGUGCCCAUCAAGGGAUACAUUGUGGAGAGGAGGAAGGUUGGCUCUCAGACCUGGCAGCGGUGCAACACCGGAGAAACGAUUCUAUCAACAGAAAUCACAAUCUGUAACUUCACAGAGGAAGCCACUUUCCAAUUCCGUAUAUCUGCCACCAAUGACUUUGGUCAGAGUGACUACUUGGAGGUGCCUGGAAGCUUCUACCUUGAACCCACUGCAGAAAUCCGGAAAGGCCUUGUGGACAGCACCGCAGUUUCCGGCGAAGAGUUUUCCAUUUCGGUGGAACUGUCGGCUGUUUGCUCAGGCUUCUGGUCCCUAAAUGGCCGGAUGCUGCGCAGUGGCGGCGACUACCUCAUCACUCGCUCCAAGAAUGUACACACACUGCUUUUCCGAGAGGUUCUCUUGGACAUGAAUGGAGCGGAAAUCAAGUUUGUGGGUGGAGGCUCACAAAGCAGUUGUGUCUUAGCUGUCAAGGCACCACCUGUCCGGUUUAUCAAUAAGUCAGGUCAGCAAGAGGUGGUGAGCUGCAGCGCCCAAGACACUGCUCAGAUGACAGCUGAGGUGUCAGAUUAUGAUGCGCAGGUGGUUUGGAUGAGAAAUGGCCGUGAAAUUAAAAUGGGCAAGAAGUAUGAAUAUGUGACCAUGGAUCGCAGGAGAAUUCUGAGGGUACACAACGUUACAGAGGAAGACGUGGGAAUCUAUGAGUGUGUUUGUGCUGAUGAUAAAAUGUCCAUUCAGCUGUCUCUUAAAGAUGAACCUGCCAAGUUUCUAAAUAAGCCCAGAGGUCCCAUGGGUCUGUUGUCUUCACUCAAAGGAGAUCUCGAGCUGAGCUGUGAGGUUUCUCCCGCCAGCACGUCAGUUGUAUGGCGAAAAGACCAGAUGGAGAUCUUCGAGGACCAAAGAACGACUAUCAUCUCCAAAGGGACCCAAAGGAAACUUACCAUCAAAAAUGCAAAAAAAAGUGAUGAGGGUCAUUACUCCUGCGAGACAGCCACUGAUAAAGUCACAUUCCAGGUCAAGAUUAAAGAAACUCAAGCCCAGCCUGCCUUCUCCAACAAGGAGUCAGUACAGAGGGAAGUGAAAGUGGCUCUUUACCAAAACGCCACUCUUAGUUGCACCGUGUCAGACAGCAAAACAGAGGUGAAAUGGUACAAAGACGGAAAGCUGCUCAUAUCCAGUCGGAACAUUUACACUGAGGUCAAAGGCAAUAACCGUCAACUGGUGAUCGAAAAAGUGGAGAGGAGUGAUGCUGGAGAGUACACCUGUGAGGCUGACGGAGAAAAGUUGGUGUUUAAAAUAACUGUCCAAGAUUCCCAGGUGGCCAUCUUUAACAAAGAAACAAUCCAAGCGGAAGUGAAGGCCACUCUGUCCAAGAGAGCCACUUUGACCUGUGAAGUAUUUGAUUCCAACAGGGAGGUGAAAUGGUACAAGGACGGGAAACUGCUAGUCUCUAGUAAGACAUUACAUGCUGAGACAAAGGGUAAGAGUCGACAGCUUGUGAUCGACUGUGUGGAGAGGAAGGAUGCUGGGGAGUACAUCUGUGAAGCUGGGACAGAGAAACUGGUCUUCAAACUCCACGUGACUGAGCCCCCACCAGCCUUCAUCAACAAAGAGUCUGUUCAAAAAGAGGUGAAAGCCAUGCUGUCCGAAAAAGCCACUUUGGGCUGUGAGGUAGCUGACUCCAUCACAGAUGUGAAAUGGUACAAGAACGGGAAGCUUCUGGUCAGUAGCAAGACACUACAUGCAGAGUCCAGGGGGAAGAGUCGCCAGCUGGUGAUCGACAGUGUGGAGAAAAAGGAUGCUGGAGAGUACAUUUGUGAAGCUGGGGCAGAAAAGCUGAUCUUUAAGAUACACGUCACUGGUAAAAAACCUCUGCCAGCCUUCGCCAACAAAGAAUCUGUCCAGAAGGAAGUGAAAGCAAUGCUAUCCCAAAAAGCCACUUUGAGCUGUGAGGUAUCUGACUUGAAAACAGUGGUGAAAUGGUACAAGGACGGGAAGCUUCUGGUCAGUAGCAAGACAAUUCGAGCAGAGUCCAAAGGGAAGAGUCGGCAGCUGGUGAUCGACAGUGUUGAGAAGAAAGAUGCUGGGGAAUACAUCUGUGAAGCCGGUGCUGAGAAGCUGAUGUUCAAACUCCUGGUGGCAGAUGGUCAAACAAAGUCAGGCUUCUCCAACAUUGACUCCAUUCAGGGAGAGCUGAUUUUCUCUGAAUCCGAGAGAGCUGUUUUGAGCUGUGAGGUAUUUGACAGCAACACAGAGGUGAAAUGGUACAAGGAUGGCAAACUGCUGGCCUCCAGUAAGACAAUACGUGCAGAGUCCAAAGGCAAGAGUCGCCUGCUGGUGUUUGAAAGUGUGGAGAUGAAGGACGCUGGCGAGUACAUCUGUGAAGCCGGAGGUGAAAAGCUGACAUGCAAGAUGAAGGUCACAGGGGUUCAACCCAAGUCAGCAUUCUUCAACAAGGAAUCUGUCACAAAAGAGGUGAAAGCUUCUGUCAGUCAGAAAGCCAUUCUGAGCUGUGAGAUGGUGGAUUUAAAGACUGAGGUCAAAUGGUACAAGGAUGGGAAACUGUUGUCUUCUAGUAAGAUGCUUCACAUAGAGUCAAAGGGAAAGAGUCGCCAGUUGGUGAUUGAUAGUUUGGUGAAAGAGGAUGCUGGGGAGUACACUUGUAUGGUUGGAACUGAGAAGCUGAUCUUCAGGAUACAUGUGGCAGAUGCCCCUACUGGUUUCUCUAACAAGGACUCUGUCCAAAAGGAGGUGACGGCUAUUUUUUCAAAGAAAGCCACUUUGUGCUGUGAGGUCACUGAUCCUAAAACUGAGGUGAAAUGGUACAAAGACGGCAAGUUACUCAUAUCCAGCGCGGCGGUCCGCAUAGAAACGAAAGGAAGGAGUCGGGAGCUGGUGAUUGAGAAAAUGGACAAAAAAAAUGUUGGGGAAUACACAUGCGAGACUAGAACAGACAAGCUGGUAUUCAAGCUUCAGAUGGCAGAUGUGCCUGCCAAGUUCCAGAAGAAGAUCAUCAAAGACACAUACAUCGUUCACGCCAGUGAGCACAUCGUUUUGACCAGUGAGCUGACAACGGAGAGCAUUAGCGGCAGCGUUAGGUGGUUUAAAGAUGGUGUGGAACUCAAAGAGGGCAGCAAAUACCAAAUGAAGAAAGACGGUGUCUCUCGCACGCUCAUUGUCACGUCCACCGAAUCCAAAGACAGCGGUGUAUACUCCUGUCAGACCACUGAUGACAAGGUGGAGUUUAAAGUCCAUGUCAAAGAACCAGAUUUAAAGUUUGUUGUCCCGAUUAAAGCCAUGACAGUCGAGCUGGGGAGCGCUUUAAAUCUGACGUGCGAGUUGAACCAAGCCGUGGGCGAUGUUCUAUGGCGAUGCAAUGGUUCUGAGGUUAAACCCGGAGGCAGGUUCUGCAUCAAGGCAGAAGGUGUGAGACGAAUCCUGACAGUGACUGGUGUAAUUAAGGAAGAUGAAGGCGAGUACAGUUGUGAAUGUAAAAAUGACAAGACUUCAGCCAAAGUUUCCUUAAUACCCCCCAGAUCAGUCAGGCUGACUUCCAAGCUCAGCAACGUGGCCGCAAUGGAGGGCAAAGAUGCUGUGUUCAAGUGCACCGUCACUCCAGCGGACGUCCACGUCAAAUGGUUCCACAACAAUGUUCCUGUCACUCAUGGUGACAAGUAUAAAAUUGAGCAUGGCGGCAACAGCCACUCGGUCACCGUCACCUCUGUCAACCAGUUGGACGCAGGGGAGAUCAGCGUGGACGCCGAAGGAAAAAGCUGCAAGGCGACGCUUCAAGUGCAACGUGAGCCGGUGACAUUCAAGAAGAAGCUAGAGAACCUGACGGUGCAGGAGCAAAGUGAGGUAAAGAUGGAAGUGGAGCUGAGCAAGCCGUCAGAUGAAGUGCACUGGAUGAAGAACAGCAUCAAGGUGCAGACUUCGGCGAAUGUGGAGGUCCGAGUCGAGGGAGCCAAACAGGUGCUUUUCUUCAAGAACGUCACUUGUGCUGACCGUGGCAUCUACUCAUGUGAAACCCUUGAUGACAGAACACAGGCCAAGCUCACUGUGGAGAUGAAGAAAGUGGAGUUGAUAAAAGGUCUCACUGAAACAAAGACUUACGAGACAGAAACGGUUAGUUUCGAGGUCGAGCUCAGCCAGGCUGAUGUCGAGGGCUUGUGGACCCGGGACGGCAUCAAGUUCAAGUCGGGGCCCAAUGUCCGUGUCUCAGCACUGGGAAAGAAGCACAGCCUUACCUUGUCGAAUCUUAUGAGAGAGGACGCAGGAAACAUCAGCUUCCAAGCGGAAGGCAUUCGGACUGCUUGCAAACUCAUUGUUACAGAACCUCCUGCCACAAUCUUAAAGCCUAUUGUGGAUAUCAGUGUUGCUGAGAAGGAGAGGGUCACUUUGGAGUGUGAAGUGUCCAGAACAAAUGCAGAUGUAAAGUGGUUGAAGGAUGAUGUUGAACUGAAACCAGGGAAGAAUUACGGAAUUCACUCUUUGGGACGAAAACGCACCUUAAUCAUCAACAAAUGCGGCCCCGAUGAUUCAGGCACUUACAUUUGUCGCACUGACGAUGACAACACUUGUGCCAAGAUCACUGUUCAUGCUAGAGAUGUUAAAAUUGUAAAGAAGCUGGAAGAUGUGGAGGUGAUGGAGAAGGAGAGCGCUGCAUUUGUCUGCGAGGUCUCACACGAUGAAGUGGAGUGCCAGUGGUACAAGGGAAGCACCAAGCUCAGAGUUAACGACAACGUCAAGAUGAGACAAGAAGGCAGGACCUAUGUGCUGUUAUUUAAAAGUGUGUCCCCAGCUGAUAUAGGUGAGAUUAAAUUUACAGCUGAGAAGGCCUCAUCAACUGCACAACUGAAGGUGAAAGAGCUGCCUGUCAAGUUUGUGAAAAAACUCCGAGAUAAGAUAGCCAUGUAUAAGCAUCGAGGCCACCUGGAGUGCCAAGUGUCCCGUGCAAGUGCCCAAGUCAAGUGGUUCAAAAACAAGACGGAGCUCAAACCCGGGAAGAAAUACGAGAUCAAAAGCGAGGAUGUGUACCGGAAGCUCACCAUCAACGAUGUGGAUGCUGCCGAUGAAGACACUUACACGUGUGAUGCCUCUGAUGACAAGACAUCCUGUAAACUGCUUGUAGAAGAGCAGUCCAUAAGCAUCGUGCGGGAGAUGAGUUCCGUUGAGGUAACGGAACCUUUUGCUGCGGUCUUCGAAGUUGAGAUCAGCGUGGAACUAGUGAAACCGCCCGUAUGGACUCUCAGCGGAGUCGCAGUGCAGGAGAGCGCAGAUGUUGAACUAGAGAAAGAGGGCACGAUGCAUCGCCUAACAUUCAAAAAGACCAAAGCUUCCAUGACAGGACCUGUGCAGUUCACAGCCGGCAAGAGCAAGUCUCUAGCACAGCUCACAGUCAAAGAGCGUCCCCUAGAGAUUGCAGAGCCUAUCAAAGAUGUGAAAGCCCAGGAAAAAAGCUCCGCCAUGCUCUCGUGUAAAUUCUCCAUCCCUCCAAAAGACAAGGUGCAGUGGUUUAAAGGCCAGGUAACUCUGGCUGCAUCAGACAAAUAUAACUUAAAGCAAGAUGCCACUAGGGCUCAACUCAAUAUUCAUAAUCUGACUGAAGAGGACAGUGGCGAGUACAGGUGUCAAUCCGGUCCUGCUACAACCAAGGGCAAUCUAAAAGUUGAAGUGCGUGAAAUCAAAUUCACCAAGCACCUGACUGACACAGAGGUGGAUGAAGAUAGCGACGCAGUGUUCACAUGCGAGGUCAACUAUGCUGACGAGGAGGCCGAGUGGCUGCUGAAUGAUAAGGCACUCUUCAACAAUGAACUCAACACCAUAACUCAUGAAGGGAAAGUUCAUAAGCUCACCCUUAAAAAUCUGGCACCUAAGGAUGGGGGUACUAUCACUGUUCAGGUCCGCAAGUUAAAGGAGUCUGUCACGCUUAAGGUUAAAGAAAAGCCUGCCCUGUUUCUUAAGUCUCUGGAUGAUGUUGUGGGUGAGGAGAAAGGCUCCAUCACCCUGGCAUGUGAGGCAUCCAAACCCAGGGUUUCUCCCACAUGGAGAAAAGAAGGCAUGGUGCUGAAGGCUGGACCAAAAUAUGAAUUCCUUCACACGGGCAAAUCUCUGGGGCUGAUCAUCAAAGAUGUGACCAAAGACGACGCCGGGGAGUACACUUGCGAUCUUGGAACUGAAGUAUCUAAAGCAAAGGUCACCGUCAGAGAAAUCGGCAUUGGAAUCACAAAAUGGCUUAAGUCCACUGAGGUGAACGAGGGAGAAACAUGCAACUUCGAGUGCAUCCUGUCUCGUGAGAGCACAGAUGAGUGCACCUGGACAAUGAGCGGCCGAGCCAUUACCACCGGAGGCCGCUUUAAAGUUAGCAGCAAAGGGCGGAAAUACAUGCUGACCAUCAAGGAUGUUACCCUUGCUGAUUCAGGAGAAGUUGUCUUUAGUAUUAAAGAUCUGACCACCAAAGCAACGCUGACUGUUGAAGGAAAAGCUUCAUCACUUUCAAAAGAACUGGAGAAUGUCAGUGUGUUUCGAGGUGAAAAUGCUACUUUUACCUGCGAGGUGACACAAAUGAACUCUCUUGUCAAAUGGGCAAAAGAGGGCAAAGCAAUAAGGAAAAGCCAGAAGUAUGACAUCAUCAGAGAGGAGAGCAUCAUGAAGCUGGUCGUCUUCAACGUCAGCACUCAAGACUCGGGAGAUUACAGUUGUGAGGUUGUCGGAGGGGCAACCACAAAGGCCAGGCUUGAGGUUAAAGAGCCAAUCCAUAAAUUCACCAAAGAACUUAAGGACAGCAAAGCAGAUGAGGAUACGUCUGUGACCCUGCAGUGCGAGACGGCUCAAAGCCCAUCAGCAGUAACGUGGCUCAAAGGACACACAGAGCUCAAGGCUGGCGGUCGAUACGAGAUGAGCCAGAAGGAGGGCAUCUUAUCUCUUACCGUCAAACACCUCCAGGAAGACGACACCGACAUCUACACUUGUGAUGUGGGAACUGCCAAGAGCAUGGCCAAGGUGACCGUUAAAGCAUUACCGCCGUCCUUCACGGUGCAGCUGCAGAGUCAAGAAGCUGACGAAGGAGCUAACAUUACUCUCCACUGUGAGACUUCUAAACCUUUAGUUCCUGUGGAGUGGAAAAAGGGACAACAGAUUCUUACGUAUGGAGAAAAAUACCAGAUGAAGCAGCAGGCAUGUGUGAAUGAACUCCUCCUCAGCAAAGCUGUGCCUGAAGACAGUGGAGAGUACAGCUGUGUGUGUGGGGAACACACAACCAUGGCCUGUGUUAAGAUAAAGGCCUUACCAGUAAGCUUCACAAAGAAACUGCAAAGUCUGGAGGCCGAAGAGGGAUCCAGGGUUACACUACGCUGUGAGACAUCAAAACCUGAAGUCGCAGUGGAGUGGAAGAAAGGAAGACAGGUGCUGAAGUCUGGAGAAAAGUACCAGAUGAAGCAGCAUGUGUGUGUCAAUGAACUCAACAUCAGCCAAGCGGUGCCAGAAGACAGUGGGGAGUACAGCUGUGUGUGUGGAGAGAACAACACUGAAGCGUUCAUAACUAUUAAAGCCCUACCAGUGAUCUUCAGUAAGAAGCUGCAGAAUCAAGAGGCCGAAGAAGGAUCUAGUAUUACUCUUCGGUGUGAGACCUCUAAACCUGUAGCUCCAGUGGAGUGGAAAAAAGGACGACAGGUGCUAAAUUCAGGGGAAAAGUACAAGAUGAAGCAGCAGGCAUGUGUUAAUGAGCUCCACAUCAGCCAAGCAAUGCCAGAAGACAGUGGGGAGUACAGCUGUGAAUGUGGGGAGAACAAUACAGCAGCUAGCCUCACCAUUAAAGCCCUACCAGUGAUCUUUACAAAGAAACUGCAGAGCCAGGAGGCUGAAGAGGGAACCACUGUUACUCUUUGCUGUGAGACAUCCAAAUCUUCAGUCCCAGUAGAGUGGAAGAAGGGAAGACAGGUUCUGAAAUCUGGUGAAAAGUACCAGAUAAAGCAACAGGCCACUGUGAAUGAACUCUUCAUUCAUAAAACAACAGAGGAAGACAGUGAAGAAUACAGCUGUGUGUGUGGAGAAAACGACACUGCAGCUAAGGUCACCAUUAUUGUCCAACCAGUGACCUUCACAAAGAAGCUGCAGAGUCAGGAGGCCGAAGAGGGAUCCAGUGUUACUCUUCGCUGCGAGACCUCUAAACCGUUUGUCUCUGUGGAGUGGAAGAAGGGAAGACAGGUCCUCAAGUCUGGAGAAAUAUACCAGAUAAAGCAGGAAGCAACUGUGAAUGAACUCUUUAUUCAAAAAGCAUCAGAAGGAGACAGCGGAGAAUAUAGCUGUGUGUGUGCAGAUGAUAAAACAACAGCGGGUAUCAAAAUCAAAGCCCAACCAGUGACCUUCACCAAGAAACUGCAGAAUCUGGAGGCCGACCAGGGAUCUGACAUUGCACUUCGCUGUGAGACUUCUAAACCUUUAGCCUCAGUGGAGUGGAAGAAGGGAGCGCAGGUCUUGACACAUGGAGAUAAGUACAGGAUGAAGCAGCAGGCAUGUGAGAAUGAACUCAUCAUCACCCAAGUCGUGCCUGAAGACAGUGGAGACUACACAUGUAUGUGUGGGGAGCAGAAAACCACAGCCUGUAUCAAGAUCAGGGUUGUGACACAGCACCAGACCAGAGAGACCUCUAAACUCAUGAAACAACAGAUGCAGAAGAUCAAACCUGAAGUACUUCCGGUCGUACUACUCCGAGAAGUGGAAAGCCAAGAAUCUGAUGAAGGAGGGUGUGUUACUCUGCUCUGUGAGCUUUCUAAGCCAGGACUUUCAGUCGAGUGGAAGAAGGGAAGCCAACUCCUGAGUUGUGGAGAAAAGUACCAGAUGACACAAAGUGGAUUUCGUUAUGAACUACAGAUCUCUGAUUUGAGACCUUGUGACACGGGAACAUAUUCUUGCUCCUGGGAGGACACAUCAAGCUUUGCCUCCCUUAAAGUGAACGCACUCCCAGCCACUUUUACAAAAGUGCUAGAAGACCAAACGGCUGAUGAGGGCCAAAGUGUUUCUCUGCAUUGUGAGCUCUCCAAACCUGGCGUUCCUGUUGAAUGGAGGAAAGAAGAACUUGGCCUUUGUCCAUGUUCCAAAUAUGACGUUAUACAGACUGAGCACACCGCCCUGCUAGUAAUCCAUGACAUAGACAAAGACGACACAGGGUUUUACACGUGCGACACUGGUUUUCAUCAGAGCACAGCACGCGUGGAUGUGAAGGCCCAGCCGGUGCUUUUCAAAACCCAACUGCAGAACCUUGAGAAGCAGGCAGGGGAGAGUGUUGUUUUCCGCUGUGAGACCACAAAGCCUGGGGCUAGAGUGAUCUGGAGACAUGGUGAUAGGGUGCUAGCAUCCAGCAGCAAGUAUCACCUAAAGCAGACAGGGACGGUAGUCGAGCUCGUUAUCUAUAAAUUGCAGAGAGCGGACUCAGGAGAAUACAUCUGUGACACGGGCAGUCACAAGACCUCAGCAACCCUUGUUGUGCAGGAAGUGGAAGUGUCCAUAGUGAAAUUCUUGGAGAGCUGCGUCGUAAGCGAAGGCGAAGACGUCUUCUUUGAGUGUGUAGUCUCACAUAAGGACACACCACCACCUCAAUGGAAACUUCAAGACAUCCCGCUCCAGAGUAACGAAAUGAAUGUUAUUAAGACAGAUGGUUGCACACACAGCCUCACGCUUCGAGGCGUUACAGCAGCAGACUCUGGCACGGUCACUUUUUCAAUGGGCACCCACACAUCCACGGCCUCUCUAACUGUCAGAGCCGUGCCUGUUUUUUUCAAGAGGACCCUAAACAGCCAGGAGGGUAUCGAGGGUGGAAGAGUCACUAUGACCUGUGAGACCUCCAAUCCUGACUGCAGGGUCUCCUGGUGGAAAGGCUCAACUCUGCUUGCCCACGGCGAGAAAUACAGCAUCGAACAGAUCACUGCCACUCACUCUCUUACUAUUAACAAGCUGAAACCAGAGGAUUGUGGGGAGUAUAGCUGUGACGUGGGUGACAAGAAAAGCACUGCUACUGUCAGUGUAAAAGAGAACGUGCGCAUUCUGCGAGAACUGCGCGACAUUACCGUACAAACCGGCCAGGAUGCUGUCUUCGAGGUGGAGCUGUCUCACGCUGGUGUAACUAAUGGGGAGUGGUGGCUCGGGGACAAUCUCCUCCAGAACAAUGAUCUGAAUCAAAUGAGCAGCGACGGCAGAGUGCACCGCUUGGCCCUGAAGAUGGUGACCACCGAUGAAUCAGGAGAUGUCGCCUUCGUAGUGGGUGAAGAAAAAAGUGUCGCUUGUCUGCUGGUGGAAGAGAAGCCCAAAGUGAUGAUCAUAGAGAAGCCACAUAAUACAGUGGCAUUAGAGGGUGAAACUGUCACUCUGGCCUGCACCAUCUCGGAUCCCAAGGUGACUGUGACCUGGCUGCGAAACAACACGGCCAUCAAAGCGGGUCUGAAGUAUGACUUGAAAGAGAAUGGAGCAUUCCAGCAACUUCGCAUCCACAACGUGGCACCCGAGGACGCAGGGACAUAUACCUGUGAAACUGGAGAUGAUCAUUGUAACAUCACACUUGCUGUAGAAACUGCCCCAGCAUUCUUUAAGAAGGAACUGAAGAACCAGGAAGCUGUCGAGGGGGAGGACGUCACUCUCCGCUGUGAGCUCUCCAAGCCGGGUGUCCGUGUGGAAUGGAGGAGAGGUGGCGCCGUCCUUGCGCCUGGUAAGAAGUAUGAACUCUGGCAGGAAGGGUGCGUUCAAGAACUCCGUAUACGGAACCUGGAUCCAGAGGACAGUGGUUACUACACCUGUGAUGCAGGGGAUCAGCUCACUACUGCUUCUGUGACAGUGCAAGUGAAAGAGGUCUACAUUCUAUGCGGUCUUAAGCCCAUCGACGUUUUUGUUGGGGAAUGGGCGACCUUCUCUUGUCAGCUGUCGGGCCAGGCGCCCGGCAAAGUGCAGUGGUGGCUGGAUGGCACUUUGCUGAAGAGCAGCCCAGUUUGCGAGAUAGGCGUGAACGAGGGUCACGUCCACACACUCACCUUUAAGAACCUGGCCACCGAUGACUCGGGCACUGUUAUGUUCAAAGCUGACAGUUUAACCUCAGCAGCCAAGCUCCUUGUCAAAGAUCCCACGGUCGAAGUGGUGAACGACAUGGAGGACCUUAGGGUGGUCGAGAACCAACCGGCCGAGUUCAUCUGCCAGUUCUCGAGGCCGGUGAAGGCCGUGUGGAAGAGAGACGGGCAGCCAUUGCAGCCUGAUGGUCGCAGGGUGGUAGUGGAGCAGGACUGGACUGUGGCUCGCUUGUACAUUAGCCGCGUGUGUGCCGGAGACAGGGGAGCAUACUCCUGUGAGGCAGAGGGGACCCGUGUGGUUGCUUCGCUUCAUGUGGAAGCCAAACCCAUCAACAUAGUCCAAGGAUUGGAGAAUGCGGAAACCUUUGAUGGAGGAGAAGUUUUGUUUGAGUGUGCCUUGUCUCGCCCAGAGAACAAAGACUGUCAGUGGCUUCUUGAUGGCAAACCAGUGAAGGAAUCACCCAAUGCGGAGAUUGUGUCUUUUGAGAGUGGUCGCAGGCACCUGCUCCUCCUCAAAGAGCUGCGCAUUAGUGACAGUUGCACAGUUACCUUCAGAGCAGGAACAGCAUCCACAUCUGCCGAGCUGUCCGUCAAAGGCUGGCAGCUGGGCGUGGUGAAGCACUUGGAAGACGCGGUGGCUGCAGUUGGAGAGAGGGUAGAGUUUUCCGUUGAACUGACCGAGCCUGUGCCUGUAGCAGAGGUCGUUUGGUACGCCAAUGGCGUGGAGCUCAAGACUGGUGACCUGUGGAUCACCAGGAAUGACGAAUGUCGCUAUCGCCUUAUCUUGAGACAGGCUCCGUUGAUGCCCCAGCAGGAAAUCACGUUUGCAGCCCGAGAUGCUCUUUCUAUGGCCAAGCUCUCCAUUAUUACUGUACCAGACCCUCCUGAGGACCCAGAGGUCCUUAGCAAGACCAAACAGUCUGUCACCCUUUCGUGGUUCACUCCCCUACAUGAUGGAGGAAGUCCCAUUUUGGGCUACAAAGUUGAGUUGAGGCUUGCAGAAAGCACUCUCUGGCUUCCAUGCCAUUCCACUCCCGUGUGCAACACAGAGUUUGUAGUGGAAAAUCUCACUCAGGGCACUGGCUACAGAUUUCGAGUGGCGGCCAUCAACAGAGCUGGCAAAGGAGAGUCUGUUGAGCUUCCUCAGACUUUGCUGCUCGGUGAGUGGAAAUACAAGCAACUAGGACAGCCAAGUCUCCCUCCCGAGGCUGCUGAAGAAGGAGAUCUCCAUGAAUUGUGGGAGGCCUCAACUAAGAAAAGACGCAUGAGUCGUGAGCCCACUCUAGACUCCAUUACUGAACACCCAGAGGAUGGUGGUAAAGGUGGCCAAAAGAAAACGGAGCAGGAUGAGAGCAGUGCCUCAGAGAAGGUCGAGCUGAAAUCUGCGGAGAACGAGCAGGCCAAGAAACAGACCGUGUCUAAAUUGUACACCAGCUUGGAAAAGACCGGUUCUGGUGAUUCUUCACUUGUGUCCUACCUUAAGAACAGCCAGGUUCAGACUUCUGCCACAGUUGUGACUUCUGAUGACCAGACACAAGCCACCGAACGCUUCUUUAAACACUUCCAGAUGUCAGACCAAAAAAUAACUACAGUUCAACGGACUGAAACAAAACAGGUGUUGACACAUGUGACAGACAUUCCGGAUAUCAGCAAAGAAGAUGAGCCUGAACUCAGAGAAGCAGCCAUCAAGAUCCAAGCUGCCUUCAAAGGCUACAAGGCGCGCAAGGACAUGCGCCCUGUUUUCAAGGAGGUUUUCAAAGACCAGACUAAAGAGCCUAAUGGCACAAUACAUCUGGAGUGUGUGGCAGAAGGGAAACCUGACAAUGUGCGUUGGCUGAAAGACGGAGAGCUGCUGUCCGACAGCAAACAUCAUCACAUUGACAUCUACAACGAUGGCACAUGUUCACUGGUCAUCACUGCUAUUACCACCAAGGAUACAGGCAUGUAUACAUGCGAGGUCACCAAUAAGUUUGGAGUUAUCUCUCACAGUGCUAAGGUCACUGUGGGAAUGGCGAGAGAAUCAUCUGGGCGGCGCCCGCUUACAGUUGGCUACAGCGCUGACAGCGAGCCAGACAGUUCGUCAGGUAGUGAGAUGGACGAGUCACUGAGACAAGCCAGCAGGCGCCUCCGUCGGUUGCUGCGUACUCGCCUCCCGCCAGAUGUGGAGGAAGAACCUUUCGUCAGUGCAGAUGAAGGAGACCUCCCACCACCGGAUCCUCAUUCUUACCGCGAGGACGACACAUAUAUUUACAUCCGCUUCGACACAUGGUCAGAGGCGGAGGUGGCAUCGAAAAGGUUCCAGGAGAUGUUUACGAUUCAUGGAGUCCCAGUGGAAACAACCAUCUUGGAGGCCGGACAUCUCAAAGUGGAGUUGCGGAUACGAAAGAUGGGGUAUAGUCAAGAUGGCACGGAAACACCCACUCAAGAAAAACAAGCUCCUGCGUUCCUGUCUGGAGCUCCUGCUGCUCCAGUCUUCUUGACAGAAUUACAAAAUCAGGAUGUACCCGACGGCUAUCCGGUCAGCUUUGAUUGUGUGGUAAUUGGCAAGCCUUCCCCAACCGUCCGCUGGUACAAAGAUGGCAAAGUACUGGAAGAGAACGACCACUACAUGAUCAAUGAGGACCAAGAGGGCUGCCAUCAGCUUAUAAUUACUGCUGUGCUUCCCACUGACAUGGGUGUCUACCGUUGCACGGCGGAAAAUAACAGCGGCAUCGCAGCCACAAGGGCUGAACUCAGGGUAGACGUGUCUUGCAGCUCUGAUUAUGACACAGCGGCUGAUGCUACUGAAACAUCAUCUUACAUCAGUGCCAAGGGCUACUUGUCUAGCAGGGAGACUGAGACCUUUGAGUCAGUGACAGAGGAUGAUCAGUUGCCACAAAUCAUGGAGGAACUCCAUGAUGUUCACGCCAGUCCGGGUUCACCAAUGGCGAAGAUGCAGCUCAGAGUAAAAGGUUUCCCCAAACCAAGAGUGUACUGGUUCAAAGAUGGUCACCCUCUGCGUGCCUCUGAAAGAGUUCUGCUUUCCGCGCAGCAGGACGUUCACAAUCUGGAGAUCCUGGAGGUGAAAAAAGAGGACAUGGCGGAAUACUCAGCCUACAUCAGUAAUGUGGCUGGUUCUGCUUACUCUUCCGCGCGACUCAUUGUGUUAAAUCCAGGGGAGAUCAUCCCUCAAGAUCUAAAAGUCUCCCAUGAGUCAUUGGUGCCGCCGCGGUUCUUGGAAAAGUUCAGCAAUAGAAAAGUUAAACAAGGAACCAGCAUCACAUUAUCAGUCAAAGUAGAAGGAUCUCCCACGCCGAUGGUCUCAUGGCUAAAGGAGGAGUCGAUGGAGGAUGUGCUGUGGAUCAAGCCUGACACCAAAGGAUACAAAGUAGCAAGUUCAGGCCGCCAGCAUAGCCUCAUCUUGAUGGAUGUGGGAACAGAGUACUCUGGUGCCUAUACUUGCAUUGCCACUAACAAGGCAGGACAGUCCAUCUGUACCGCCCACCUGGAGGUGGAUGACACUCCACCGCAAAAGAAAGACAGCAAAACUUCUGAAGUUCUUGGAAUCACUGUCAGUCCACCAGAGGAAGAAGCAAAGAGGUCAAAGGAGGGUAAAAUGCCUUACCUUGGUGAAGUCGGUUCAGAGGAAUUCCUCAUGAAGCUCACCUCCCAGAUCACUGAGAUGGUAUCAGCCAAGAUUACACAAGACAGCACACAGAAUCAGGAAGUGCUCCAGUGGAUGAAAUCUUGGCCCAAAACUACCACUUCGUUGCGUGUACCAGGCGCCGAUAGUGACGAUGAGACCAAGACCCCUUCAGCUUCUCCUCAUCAUGGUCGCUCCCGUCCCGCGUCCCUUGUGGCCGACUCCUCGUCCGAGUCUGAUGAGGGGGACGCAAGGGGAGAGAUGUUCGACAUCUACGUGGCGACAGCCAACUACGACCCCACUGUAGCGAGCAAAGAAUCCAUCUCUCUGAAGGAGGGGCAAUACGUGGAGGUGCUAGACUCGGCCCACCCGCUCAAAUGGCUCGUCCGGACCAAACCCACCAAGACGACGCCGUCCCGCCAAGGCUGGGUGUCGCCUGCCUACCUGGACAAAAAACUCAAACUAUCUCCUGAUUCGGGCGACCUUCCUGAAAUGAACAUAGAGGAGGUAUCUGAGGGAGAAUACAAGAAGAAGUUGUUCCAGUUGAUCCAGGACAUAAUCAGCGGUGAAGCGGAGUUCGUCAAAGAGAUGGACUUCUUCACGUGUCAUCACGUGAGGCAUUCAGAAUCUCCUGAUGCACCAGCUGACAUCAGCAGCCAGAGGGAGGCCAUCUUCAGGAACAUUGUGGACUUAAAUGACUUCCACAGCAGGGCUUUUCUCCCAAAGCUAAAUGAUUGUGAGACAGAUGACGAUGUGGCCAUGUGCUUCCUAAAGAAUAAAGAAGGAUUUGAGAAGUACCUCCAGUAUCUUGUAGGUCAAAGCCAGGCUGAAAGUACCAUCAGUGACAAAAUGGUACACCACUUCUUCAAGGAGUACACAGAGAAGGAGCAAGCCAGUGCCGACCCUGCUGACCCGCCUAUUCGCAGCCUCAACGCUUACCUCCAGCAACCUUUGGACAGGAUUCAGAAGUACAAGGCCUUUAUCAAGGAGCUUAUUCGGAACAAGGCAAGAAAUGGACAGAACUGCUGUCUGCUGGAAGAAGCGUAUGCUAUGGUGUCGGCGCUGCCUCAACGCUCAGAAAAUACCCGCCAUGUCUCACUGAUUGAGAACUACCCUGCCACGCUUGAAGUAUUAGGAGAACCUCUUAGACAGGGACCUUUCCAAGUUUGGGAGGGAGCUCCUGGAAUAAGGACGUCCUCACGAGGUCACCAUCGCCACGUCUUCCUCUUCAAGAACUACUGCAUCAUCUGCAAAUCGAAGAGAGACAGCAACACUGACACGCAAACAUACAUCUUUAAAAACAUGAUGAAGUUGAACAACAUUGAUGUGAACGAGACAGUGGAGGGCGAUGACCGCGCCUUUGAGAUCUGGCAUGAACGUGAAGAUUCGGUGAGGAAAUACACCUUGCAGGCUCGGACCGUGAUCAUCAAGAAUUCGUGGCUAAGAGAUCUCAGAGAACUUCAGCAGAGAUACAGCAUGUCUGCCUGGAGUCCUCCUGACUUUGUAGAAAUUCUAGCAAAUUGCACUGCUGAGCUUGGGCAGACUGUUAAGCUCGCGUGCAAAGCUACAGGUGUCCCCAAACCUGCCAUCUCCUGGUACCAGGACGGACGCUUAGUGGAGGCAGACCCGCAUCACAUCAUCAUCGAGGACCCCGACGGCUCUUGUACACUCAUCCUGGAUAACAUGACGGCAGAGGAUUCAGGCCAGUACAUGUGCUUUGCCACGAGCUCAGCAGGCAAUGCGAGCACGUUGGGAAAGAUCACUGUACAGGUCCCUCCACGGUUUGUCAACAAAAUGAGGAAUGCUACGUGUAUCACGGGUGAGGAUGCUCAGUUCACCUGUGUCAUCCAGAGCGCCCCGAGUCCUAAAAUCAGAUGGUUUAAGGACGGCCGUCUGCUGAGUGACCCGGAAAAGUACCAGACCUACAGUGAACUCCGCAGUGGAGUUUUAGUCUUGGUUAUCAAAAACACCACUGAGCGGGACCUGGGACACUACGAGUGUGAGUUGUCCAACCGUCUGGGUAGUGCAAGAUGUGCUGCUGAUUUAGUUCCUCCUUCUGCUGUCGGCACUGCUGAACAAGCCAUUGUUCUUGAAGUUACCGAACAGGAAACAAAAAUUCCCAAAAAAACUGUCAUCAUUGAAGAGACAAUCACCACGGUGGUCAAGAACCCGCGAAUGAGGAGGCACAAGUCUCCUGGCAUGAGCAUCACUGGAGCCCACCGUUCGGAGAUAACCACCUCUGAGACCUCCACCACCACCAGGACCAAGAGGGUGGGCGGUCCCAGGAAAAGCACAGUGCCAACAUUCUAUAUCACAGAGGCUGAGGGUGCAGCAGGUGCCAGUUCUCGUGUUGUUGAGAGCAAGCCCAACUGGGUUGAGGUGGAGGAGGUGAUCGAGUAUAAGGUCAAUAAGUCUCCCAGGCUGUCUAGAAGGCGGGGAGUGUCACCAGCCAUCUCGGACCGGUCCACCACUCCAUCCAGACCCAAAAGAUCGCCUCCGGAGAACCCGAAUGCAAACAAUUCCAACAAUAAUCUGGUUGAGCUGGGAAGCAGCGCCGGUGGCCAGACACUCUCCUGGGAGGAUGAGGAAGUUCCCUCUAGUUCAGGAGAUCCCCAUGAGCUCUCAUCGGUUCUGACCACACCUGAAAUGAGUCGUGAAGACCUGGGGGAUCCGCAAAGUGUCGUCUCUGAACCCAAUGACAAUGAAGACCUUUGCGGAAGAUGUGAAGCAAAGACACUAACAGGUGGAGGUCGUAUUAUAGCGCUGGAAGACUUGGAAGAUUAUGUCCCAGAGGAAGGAGAAUCUUAUGGAUCAACCAGCUACAGGUCUGCCGAGAAGCCCUGUGAGAUCUCCGUGCUCCAGAGGGAGGUCGGCGGCUCCACUGUGGGACAACCGGUGCUCCUCAAUGUGGGACGACCCAUCACGGCCCCGAGGCCGAGGAGCGGAUUCUUUGCUCGCUUCAGAGAUCAUCUAGCCAGCAGUCUUUUCUCAUCCAACACAGCACGAGCAAGUGGUGCCCAGUCGGAAAAACGUGUCCCCAUUCAAGUUAGCAAGGCAAAGCUAGAGGUGAAGCCUUCUUAUUGCUCUGAGGUGCAGAGAGUGGAAGGAGGCCGACAGAGCUUUAAAACCAAAAUUUCCACUCAGACAUACGGCUACACACCUGUUGGAAACCCGGUCACCCUUCAAAUUAGUGAAAAUCAGAACCAGUAA